CUGAAAAUCGGCCUUUUGAUUGGUCAGCGUUAACUUUGCUAUUGGUUAGCCGUCUUGCAGCUAGGUAACCAAGGCAAACAGUGAGGUUGGAGGUGUUUCGUUCUGUUUGGGAACUAUAGUUAUAUGUGGCGUUAUAAUGCACGGUAAAUCUUUGGGGAGUUCAAGAAAAAAUGAUUCCAGAUCAAAGAUAAGACAAGAGAAAGAAAGUAAUAUUGACUUUGAUGAGAAACAUGAUGAAUAUCUCAUAAAUCUACAACAAAGGAACAGAGCACUCAACAAUUCCAAGGCUAAGGAUGCCACGCAGAUCAAACUGCAACAUUUAGAAGAAGGCUUUUCUCUGUACCUGAAUGGAGCAAAUGCUGAUUUAAGAAAGCAGCAGAGCACUCAAGAUUUAGCAAGGGAAAGUUCAAAAUCAUCCAAAAUUCCUGAUGAUGGCUGUUCCCAUCUUCCAGGAAGGAGAAGUCAGACAGCACCAGGAAAGAUUCAAAGGAAAGCUUGGGUUCAGAACUCCAUACAAAUUAAAUCUGAAAGGGGAUCUCGCGUUUAUAUUGGUCCAAACACAAAAUAUUCAGAGGAUUUCGAAAGUGACGAUGAUAUGAAUGAAGACCAAGCUAGUGAUCAGUAUAAGUAUUUUACAGACUCUGAAAAGAAUGUUCCACAAGGACCUGGGAAAAAAAGACUGGUUUUAGAUGCCAGUGAUGUUAAGGCAUUAAGAGAGAGUCUGGAGAUAAGUCUGUGUCUGCAGCAGGAUUCUAAAUACAGCUUAGAUGAUGAUGAUGCAGACUUUGUGGAAGAGGAAUUAAUAGAAUGUGAAACUCCAGAGUUGGAUGCACCUUCUAAAACUCAGCUGGAGUCCAAACAUCAAGCUUUUGGACAUCAAAGGCUGCUUCCUGGAGAUUUUGUUGUUUUAGAGUUCAACGCAUUAGAUAAAAAAGAUGGGAGAAUGUUGACUGCUAAAAGAAAAGAUAAUUCAGAAUUUUAUAUCCCCACUAAGCCUGUCAUGGUGAAAAAUAAAACACCAAGACUGAAAUCCUCAAGUUUCUCCAGUAAAGAUUCCUUUUUUCCGAGACCAGAAAGCCGGCAAGAGAUACUACUGCCUACUCCCAGAAGAAGUAUUUCAGAAAAUAAAGAUUCAAGACCCUCUGUGUCUACAGUUGUAGAUGCCAUUAACAAUGAAAAUGAGGCAAUUACCAGAGCUGUUUCAGAUGGUAAAACCGAGAAGAUGACUUCUGGUCCUUCAGGUAUCGGUGAAGGUGUUGUUACCAAAGCCAUUGAGAAAAUCAACCUUAUGAAAAUAAGUCAACAGAAGAAAUUACUGAAAGUUCUCCAAGACAUUGAUAAUGAUUCAUCUACAUACAGUAAUUCAGAAGGAGAGAUACUAAAAUGGGAUUCGGUCUAUUUGGAGCCAGCUGCAAAAGAUGUGAUUUGUAUCACAGUAGAAAUUCUGUCUAACUGGGGAAAUCAGUACUACAUUGGUUUAACAGAAAUUCAGUUUUUUGACCUGAAGAAUGAAGAAAUCUAUGUUUCACCUCAUGAUGUAGACAUUAGGAAUGUGGAUGUACCUGGAGAUCCUACCUGCUUAGUCAACGGUAAAACUCUGACCACAAAGGAACAUUUCAUGUGGACUUGUCCUUUCCACCCUCCUGUGCAGUUGUACUUUAUUAUCCGCAAUGCUACUAAAUCUGGUGAUUUUGACAUAAGCAAGAUGAAGAUAUGGAAUUAUAACAAGGCACUCAGCGAUCUUGAUAUUGGUGCAAAGCUUGUCAAAAUAUACAAAGACGAAACCCUUGUAUUUGAUGGGCUUUUAGCUAAAGGAAGUGGAAACCAAGAUUUUGAUUAUAGUAACACUAUUGAUUUGCAUUCUGGCCAAAUAAAAAGCUCAUCAUUUAUUUCUGAUCAGUUCUCUGAUGAAACUCAAAUCUCAAAUUCUCUGGGUGCCUCCAAUAAUAUAGAACUCAAGCAUCAGAGUGAUGGUCUAGUUUACACUUCAGAACAACUGUCCAGUAUCUUGAGUGAAGGAUCGAACCAAGCAAAAACUAGUCAACAGAAAGAUUUACACUUUGAAAAUAACACUUCAAAAGGUUUAAGAACUUUUCAAGAUGAAGCAUUGAACAAAAGUUUCCAGCAUCUAGCCUUAACCAGUUCUUCAAUAAAUUGUCAGGAAGAUAUUACAGAAGGUGAAGUAGGAAUUAAAAUGAGCUACAAUAAAGAGGAACAUUCUAAAAUUAAUCAAAGUAAAGAUUUCAACACUAUGACAGCUGAACUGCAAAUGGUUAGUGCAACUUCAUCUAAAGAACCUCCUCCCUGCCCAUGGGAUGAUAAUGAUCUAACUGUAACAGACCAACUGGAAAGAACACCAGGAAGAAAAGAGUGCUCAUCUUUGAAUAGAUUUCCUCCUUGGUUGUCAUCAUCUUCCAACUUUCAGCAAAAGAGUCACAAUCAGCCAACAAAAAAUCAUUUGAAUGCUUCUUCCAGUACCUUUACCAACAAAAGAUCUGACCAAGAUAUCAACCAGUUUUUAGAUGAAUAUGUUAAAAGUUCUAAUACAUAUUCAAAUAAGAACUUUAAAAAUUGCAGCCAAAGCAAAAUGUUAUGCUCAUCUUCAAAGAUGGAUAAUGAAGAUGAUUUGGAAAACUUCAGUAACCAGAGCUCUUAUAAUUCUGAUCGUCCAGUUAGUGGUAGAAGAAAAACUGUUCAGAUGCAAGACAAAAGUGAAAAAUAUGAAGGAGCAAGUUUUCAUAAAACAAUUAAUCCAGUGGAUACUAAGAACCUGAGACCAAGAUGGCAAAAUGAUCAAGAAAAUAAUCUGUUGGAGUCGUGGACUUCUUUAAUAAAAUUUAAUAAGUCUCACCGUGGUAGAAUUUCCAAUCUCGAAUUUGAAGGAGAUAUUUUUGAUGAGUUUUUACAACAACAACAAAAGGCAGGAAAACAGUCUGAUUCCACAAAGAAUGGUUCUUCACUGAUGCCAAAAGGAGCAACUGAAAUCAACUUAGAAUCUGAGAAAGAGGAAGGAAGUAACUUUGAAAUACCUGUACUGCCAUAUGGACAACAUCUGUGCAUUAAAAUAGUAACUACUUGGGGAGACAGACACUAUGUUGGCCUUAAUGGGAUAGAAGUUUUUGCUUCUACUGGUAAACCUGUUGAAAUAUCCAGAAUUAGAGCAGAUCCUCCUGACAUCAAUAUUUUACCAGCCUAUGGCAAAGAUCCUAGGGUGGUAGUGAAUCUUAUUGAUGGCGUCAACAGGACACAGGAUGAUAUGCAUCUUUGGUUGGCACCUUUUAGUCCUGGAAAGUUACAUUUCAUCAACUUGGACUUUGUAGAGCCUUGUAGGGUGGCUAUGAUUAGAAUAUGGAAUUAUAAUAAAUCAAGAAUCCAUUCUUUCCGUGGUGUAAAGGAGGUUGAAAUAUUUUUAGAUAAUGAAUUAAUAUUUAAAGGAGAAAUUGCCAAGGCUUCUGGUACAUUAUCUGGAGCUGCAGAGCAAUUUGGUGAUACGAUUUUGUUUACAACUGAUGACGAGAUUCUUCAAGCAAUGUCUCUGUUUGAUGAAACAUUUUCUGAAGAGCUUAAGGCUACAGAAACUCCAACAGAACAUGAAAUUGACAGUCUUCGGCCAAGUACUGCAGAUAGUAUAAAAGAGGAAAGACCUUUUACACAAGCCGGUUUAAGUGAAAAAUUGCAGAGCAAUCUUACUGAUGUCUCAGAAAAUUACUCUGAUAAACUACCUGGGAUAUACAGUGGCAAAUGUCUUCUGCUUAGUUUCACAAUGACAUGGGGUGACCCACAUUACCUUGGUCUAACAGGAAUGGAAAUUGUGGGGAGAGAUGGCAAAGCACUGGCAAUCACCCUUGAUGCAUUAUCUGCAUGUCCUCAAGAUCUUAGCAUCCUGCCAGAGUACAAAGAUGAUUUGAGAACAUUAGAUAAACUUAUAGACGGUGUUAAUAUAACUAAUGAAGAUACUCAUAUGUGGCUGAUUCCAUUUGCCUCUGGAGCAGAUCACACCAUCACAAUUAAUUUUAAUAAGUCUGAGGAUAUUGCCGGGAUCCGUUUCUGGAAUUACAAUAAAUCUCCUGAAGAUACAUAUAGAGGGGCUAAGAUUGUUUAUGUUACACUAGAUGGACAUGCUAUUUCUCCACCUGGAGGGUUUCUUAUCCGUAAGGGGCCUGGCAACUGCCAUUUUGACUUUGCUCAAGAGAUUCUUUUUGUUGACUACAUACAUGAGCAACAAAUACUAGAGAAACAGUUAAGAAGCCAUUCAAAGUGCAUGGAGCUUGCUACAAUGGAUUAUGAGGCACCAUUGAUGCCAUGUGGCUUUAUCUUUCAGCUGCAGCUUAUUACCAGCUGGGGUGACCCAUACUACAUUGGCCUAAAUGGUCUUGAGAUGUACAGUGAACAUGGAGAAAAAAUCAACCUCACUGAAAACAAUAUUGCAGCUUUUCCAGAGAGUAUAAAUGUUUUAGAAGGAGUGUGUGGAGAUGUGAGAACACCCGAUAAGCUCAUUGACAAUGUAAAUGACACUUGUGAUGGAAGACACAUGUGGCUCUCACCGAUUCUUCCUGGCCUGGUCAAUAGGAUAUAUGUCGUCUUUGAUCAGCCAACUACAGUGUCCCUGAUAAAAAUGUGGAAUUAUGCUAAAACCCCACACAGAGGGGUGAAAGAAUUUGGUCUCCUUGUGGAUGAUCUCCUUGUGUACAAUGGCAUUCUAAAUCAAGUCGGUCAUGUAUCCCAUGGGAUCUUACCAACGUGUGAUCCUGUCAUUCCUUAUCAUACAAUUCUCUUUGCAAAUCCUGAGAAGUUUUCAGAAGCUGACAGAAGAACAGUCCUAUGUAACCAUGUGGAGGAUCAAGAUGUAAGGAUGAUGAAUGACAAUAAGAUCAUUGUCAGUUCCAAGAAGAAACAAGCUGCUGAUCCAGCUUUGCGUCCAAAAACAUGUCUAACUGAGAGAGGAAAUGGGAAAAACCCAAAAUUCUGAGGAUAAACGAUGGACCCUAGAUUGUAAUUUGUAACUAUAUUAAUAUUUUUAUUGUCAACAAAUAUUAUUAGAAUUAUUUAUACCGAAUAUGUACAAAGUUUUUAUAUGUUUCUUUGUGAUGUCAUUUAAAAAAAAUAAACUACAUUUUACAGACUGAA